GACUGCAGCAGCGCCGGCUCCCUCCCGGUACCCGCCUCGGCCCCGGGCUUGGAAGCCGCUCCGGGGGCGCCCUUUUGGCCAGCGACGCGGUCUACCCAGUGCCCCCGGCCCCAGUCCCCGGAGAUCCAGGCUCGCCAGCGCCCAGCCGGGGAGGCGGCCAGGAAGCGCGAUGGGGGCCCCUUCCGCCCUGCCCCUGCUCCUGCUCCUCGCCUGCUCCUGGGCACCCGGCGGGGCCAAUCUUUCCCAGGACGGCUACUGGCAGGAGCAGGAUUUGGAGCUGGGAACUCUGGCUCCACUGGACGAGGCCCUCAGCUCCACAGUCUGGAGCAGCCCUGACAUGCUGGCCAGUCAAGAUAGCCAGCCCUGGACUUCUGAUGAAACAGUGGUGGCUGGUGGCACCGUGGUGCUCAAGUGUCAAGUGAAAGACCAUGAAGACUCGUCCCUACAGUGGUCUAAUCCUGCCCAGCAGACGCUCUACUUUGGGGAGAAGAGAGCUCUUCGAGAUAAUCGGAUUCAGCUGGUUAGAUCUACUCCCCACGAGCUCAGUAUCAGCAUCAGCAAUGUGGCGCUGGCAGACGAGGGCGAAUAUACCUGCUCCAUCUUCACCAUGCCUGUGCGAACUGCCAAGUCCCUUGUCACUGUGCUAGGAAUCCCACAGAAGCCCAUAAUCACUGGUUAUAAGUCAUCCCUGCGGGAAAAGGAGACAGCCACUCUAAACUGUCAGUCUUCUGGGAGCAAGCCUGCAGCCCAGCUCACCUGGAGGAAAGGUGACCAAGAACUCCACGGAGAACAAACACGAGUCCAGGAAGAUGUUAAUGGAAAAACCUUCACUGUGAGCAGCUCAGUGUCAUUCCAGGUUACCCGGGAAGAUGACGGAGCGAGCAUCGUCUGCUCUGUGAACCAUGAAUCUCUAAAGGGAGCUGACAGAGUCACCUCUCAGCGCAUUGAAGUUUUAUACACGCCGACAGCCUUGAUUAGACCAGAGCCUGCGCAUCCCCGGGAAGGCCAGAAGCUGUUGCUACACUGUGAGGGGCGUGGCAAUCCAGUUCCCCAGCAGUACCUGUGGGUAAAGGAAGGCAGCGAGCCACCCCUGAAGAUGACCCAAGAGAGGGCUCUCAUCUUCCCCUUCCUGAACAAGAGCGACAGUGGCACCUACGGCUGCACAGCCACCAGCAACAUGGGCAGCUACACAGCCUAUUUCACCCUCAACGUCAAUGACCCCAGUCCAGUGCCCUCAUCCUCCAGUACCUACCACGCCAUCAUCGGAGGGAUUGUGGCUUUCAUUGUCUUCCUGCUGCUCAUUCUGCUUAUCUUCCUUGGACACUAUCUGAUCAGGCACAAAGGAACCUACCUGACACACGAAGCGAAGGGCUCCGACGAUGCUCCAGAUGCAGAUACGGCCAUCAUCAACGCAGAAGGCGGGCAGUCAGGCGGGGAUGACAAGAAGGAGUACUUCAUCUAGGAGCACCCACUCACCUCCUGUGCCCCACAGGGGCCCCAUGGGGACUGCUGGGCUGUUACCAACCUGAACUUGUACAGAGCGACCCCAGGGCCGCCCCUCCCGCUUGCUCCCCAGCCCACCCAGCCCCCUGUACAGAAUGUCUGCUUUGGGUGGGGGUUUGUACUCGGUUUGGAAUGGGGGGGGGGGGGGGGGGGGGGGGGUGGGGUGGGUUGCCCUCAGCCCUUUCCGUGGCUUCUCUGCGUUUGGGUUAUUAUUAUUUUUGUAACAAUCCCAAAUCAAAUCCGUCUCCAAGACUGGAGAGGCAGGGGCCAUGGGGGUGAGGAGAGCAGCGCAUGUGCAGUGCGCAGAGAAGGAAUUUGGAGGGAUGAGAAACGAAUGCGGAGCAGGGCUGGUUUGCAGGUGGGGGCUCAAGAUAGCCCUCCUUCCAUUUUCACAGCAGACCAGCUUCCCAGGUGUCUCCGAGGAGCCUGGGAAUGGAAGCAGGGGGUGGGGGCGGCUCUACCUCUGCCAGCCAUGUAUUGUGAGCUACAGAGAGGGAGACGGGCGUCAAGCCGAUAUCCCUCUUGCAUUACGUAAGAAAGGAAUGAGUAGGAAAGUCCUCAAGAAGAUGUGAACUGAAGAUGGCGUGCAGCCACACAGGGAUCCAGGGCUUCAACAUGUCCCUCCCAGAGAGAACAGAUUUUCAGAGAGAGGAUGGAGAAAGUGGCCCUGUCCAUCCACUGCCCCCACACGAUGAAUGAAGCUAGGCUCUUUUCACAGAAUUGGCCCUUGGUGGACAGCAGAGCUCAGCUUUCUCUCCUAGCAGUUGUGAAAGAGGCACAGCUUCUGGGCCUGGACAGCGUCUGCUUCCCCCACCUCGCACGGGGCCCCUCACUCUUACCCAAGACCCUGGACUGUUGCACGGCAACCGCUCCUCUCAUGGCAUUGCUCAGCAACUACUCCUCCCGCCUGUGUCACCCUGUGCCCUCUCCUGUUCCCUGUGCCCGCCCUCGGCCCCUCCUCCCUCAGCAGCCAGGCAGACAUGACAACAAAAUUACUAAAAGGA